AUGAAGGUUAUUGUCUCUAACACUUUUGCUAAUCAACAGCAGCUUGUAGAGCUGCAUCUUUACAACAAUGAGAUCAGCUCUAUCCCUCAAAGUGCUUUUGUCAACUUGCCCAAGCUCCAAGAAUUGUUCCUGUACUCAAACCAAAUACGUAAUAUUGAGACUCUUGCAUUCUCAAACUUGCCACAACUCCAGGUCCUACGGCUGGAUGGCAACAAGCUUGAAACAAUUGACCGUGGUUCGUUUAAAGGCCUCGGUAACUUACAAGAGCUGCAACUACAGAACAAUCUCUUCGUCAGCAUCCAAACUGUACAAUAUCAGUUUCCAGUCCUCACCCAUCUGUACCUGAACAACAACAGUAUCACAGGUAUUCCUGACGAUGCAUUCUCAAGGCAACCUAAACUGGUCACUCUACAUCUCCACUCAAACAGAAUUUCAACUCUUUCCACAACAGCUUUCAAAGAACUGACCCAACUGAACACACUCUAUCUCUACAACAACCACCUUACCAAGCUUCCUGAACAUCUAUUCACUGGACUGUCUGACCUUCGUGACCUUAGGCUAGAUAACAAUCUCAUCUCAGACAUUUUCCUCAACAGUUUCACAGGCAUGUCAAAUCUCUCCUUCUUUUCCUUGUCAGAGAACAAAAUCACAUCUUUUCCUAUUGGAGCUCUGUCAAAGAUUCCAUCAAUCUCUGCUCUUGACCUUCAAAACAACCAAAUGCAAGUCCUUCCCCUGUCAGCUUAUGACAAGCUGGCAUCUAUCUCAACUGUGAACAUUGAAAACAACCCCUGGCACUGUGACUGUAGGAUGGUUCCCUUCAGGCAAGUGAUGACUGGGUCACGUUCAUUUGAAAACCAGAUCACAUGUCAGGAGCCUAGCAGUUUUAUUGGAAAAAAGCUUAAAAAUAUCAGUCCUGAAGAUCUGAUCUGUGAAGACCCAACAAUUGUGAGAUUUGAGAGAAGUGAUGAUGUCCAAUUGGUACAUGUACAGGUGGAGACACUCCAUUUGGUGUGUGAAGUUUCAGGAAUCCCCACACCAGAUAUCAUUGUCUAUCUCCCGUCAGGGCAGAAUGUCACUUUUGAAUCAGGUGGGAGGGUGACUAUGGGGGUUGAUGGUACCAUCACUAUAAGAGAUGUUACCACAGCAGAUGCUGGUCUGUACAUCUGUAUUGCGAAAAGUAGUGCUGGUUCCACAUAUGCACUUCUGUCAGUUGGCCCUUCAUCCCUACCUCCUAUCCAACAAUCCCAGUCUGUAUCUAAUUCUGAAAUAGCUGGUUGGAGCCUUUUUGGUCUACUACUAUUAGCUGUUAUCUUAUUUUGCAUCAGAUUUUUCUGGUGCAAGGAGGUACCUACAUGUACAUGUACAUGUAGGUGUCCUCCAGCUUCCCCUGACAAUACUACAUGUACUAACACUAGAUCUGAAGUCAGGGAUGACACACCUUUGAAAGAAACAACUCCGAAGGAAAUUUGUGAACAACUUCAAUCCAACAAUGACCCCACAAUUCAAUCCCUUACCAGUCAAGACCAGAUAGCAGACAGCAGUGAUCAUUCCGCAUGGCCCAGCUCUGAGUUUUCUGGACCGAGGGAAAGCUACACGUCAUAUGACAAUCAGUAAGUUUGUAAAGUCUGACGUGCAACAUGAACCUCGUCAUACAAUUGUAUCACUUCCUUUACCAGUUUAGGUUGCUUUGACACAAUUCAAUUUCAACUGGACUCAUUCUUACAAACAUGCACAAACAGCAUCAUCGAUAACAUGAAAGCAGCCGAGUAUCAUUGUAUCACCCCAGAUGCUGACAAAUUAAACAAUCAUCAUUAACAAAACACAUUUGGGACCAUAAAACUUAUUAUAAGAACAAUAGCCCCGACAGAGACUAGCUAGCAAUGAAAAUUAAAAAAUCAGGCCCUGAAAAUGGUCAUGACUCCAGCUUUGUUGCCAUUAUGUGGUGAACCAUCCUGAAGUAUAUCUGAAAGGACUGAAUUGACACAAACUUUAAGGUUAAAUUGCCUCUUUCUAAAAGAACUGUAAUUUAUCUGAGACUCUGGAGAGUGUGGAGGUUCAAUCAACUGAGAGUAGGGAGAGAGGAGUUGAAUGUGUUUCAUCAACUUUAUUCCGUGGUUUCAUGAAGAGAGAAACAAGGGUUGACGUUUUAUGUCUAUCUAUUUUUUUUACGGUAAUCAAGAGUAAAAAAAUAACACACAGCUGGCAGACUGUGACAGUCUGAGCCUAAAAAUCAAUGGAACUCAAAAGUUAGCUUUAACAAACUUUUGACACUUUGGCUACGACGUUGGGUAAUACAAUACCUAGUACAUGUCAUGAAAUUUUGUACAAUGUAAUACAGUACAAGUCAUUUAGUUGCACACCCCAUUUGCCAGUGUUUUUCAUGCAAUUAUUCGGGCGGUGCAAUAAUGCAAAGUUAUAAUUCAGCUGGACCGCAACGGUUUGGGACUUUGGGAUUCAGUGCAAUCAACAGAAAUGUGCAGUAAUCUGUUGUGCAAUUAACUGGCUUUUACUGUAUAAAAUAUGUGUUUCAACUCUAUCAAAUAUGAUGCAAUUAACAAUGUGGCAUUUCAGCCAUGGAGGCCAUGUGAAACAGGGUCCCCAGUCUUUAUACUCAUGGUAAUCCAAUAGUUAUACUCUAAAUCACUUGUUUCAUUGCUAUUGUGCACAUGCAAUGUUGUUAAGUACUGCAUUAGGAUGAAGUCAGAAAAAAUAAGCCAUCUUUUAAAACUAAUUUAAAGAUAGAACAAACUUUAAGCAAGAUGGAAUUAUACUAAGUAGUUUUGCAAUGUUUGGCCAAAUGUAAUUUUU